CCAAAGUACCUGAGAGACAUGGUCCUCUGUGUUACCGUCGCCGGACAAGACACGACAGCUAGCUCUCUUUCAUGGUUUGUUUAUAUGAUGUGCAAGCAUCUUCACAUACAAGAAAAAAUUGCACAGGAAGUUAGAGAAGUAAUAAAUUUGAAAGAUGAUCCAAGUGUUGAUGAGCUUGCAGCAAGCCUUGAUCAAGAAGCCCUUAACAAUAUGCAAUAUCUCCACGCCACUUUGAGUGAAACAAUCAGACUCUAUCCUUCAGUUCCAAUGAAUGCAAGAAUGUGUUUUUCUGAUGAUACCUGGCCAGAUGGAUUUAGUGUAAAAAAGGGAGACAUGGUGGUAUAUCAACCUUAUGCAAUGGGAAGGAUGAAAUCUCUAUGGGGAGAUGAUGCAGAAAAGUUUCGGCCAGAGAGAUGGCUCGACAAAAAUGGCCUUUUUCAGGAUGAAAGCCCUUACAAAUUCAUAGCCUUCAGUGCCGGUCCAAGAAUUUGUCUAGGAAAGGAACAUGCCUAUACGCAAAUGAAGAUCAUUUCUGCUGUGCUUUUAGUUAACUAUAUAUUCAAGCUAGCUGAUGAGAAAAAAAUUGUCAAUUACAAGACCAUGGUCUCCCUACCAAUUGAUGGGGGUCUCUAUGUGAAGGCCUCCCCAAGAUUAUGGCAUGCGAAACCGUAAAUCCCAUGUUUCAUAGCUGCUUCAGUGCAUCACUUGUCUUUCUAUGUAAACUCC